AUAAAAGAAUGUAUUGUGGCGAUUUGACUUAAUUCUAACUACAGAGACAGGUAAGCCAGAUAGCUUGUUUUUCUUUUGAUGAAAAUGAUGGUUUUCAAGGGUGCAUCGAUUGUUGUUUUCAGUCUUUGUCUGCUGAUUCUCAACACAGCCAAGGGAGAAGAAGAAAAUAAAAAUGGUGGAAAUCCUGUGUGGAAUUUCCUCUUUGGUGGUAAAGAAACUCACACGUACAAUUCCCCGCUAAAACCGCCGAUGACGACGGGUGAAUCAGGAAAUGCAAGCACAGCUUACGUUCGUUGGGGUCGGGAUGUCUGCAACCCAGAUACCUCGGAAACGGUAUACACUGGUUAUGUUGGGGGAGGCAGUCAUGCCCAUAAAGGUGGCGGAACAAACCCAUUGUGUUUACCCGAAACGCCUGAAUAUGAUGACACUUUAACAGUAAAUGGUGGCUCUCGUUCUCCGAUAUUCGGUGCUGAGUAUGAAACCAACACUUACAGUCCUUUCAGUUACGUACACGAUAGCGACACGGUGUGUGCCUUGUGCCUUGCGCGUGGCAGAUCAACCACUUCGAUGAUUCCUGCUAAACGCACGUGUCCUCCAGGCUGGACUAAAGAGUAUGGAGGUUUGUUGAUGGGAAGUCACAAUGGCCAUUAUGGUCAUGAUUUUCUUUGUAUUGAUAGAAAUCCUCAGGGACGAUCUGGUUCCUCGGCAAGCAAAGACGGCUUCUUGCUUUAUGCUGUCGAAGGAACAUGCGGCUCGCUCCCUUGCCCACCGUACGUUAGCGGGAAGGAAAUAUCAUGCGUUGUAUGUUCCCGUUAAUAAUAAUGCCUAUAAGUAGGCUAUUAUGUUCUUUGGCAUAGGCCUAUCUCAGAAAUAGCCUUUACUGCAAAAAAAAUAUAUUAUGCUUAAAGGAUGAAUUUAAAAUUGACGGUAGAAUUAGAUGUCAAAAUAUUGUAGAGCCUUCAUUUUAACUUUAAUUUAAAAUUACUGAAGGUUAGGCCUCCGUCUCAUGGGUUUAAAAUUACACAGCAAAAGUAAACAUUGGCACUUGCAGAUAGUUAAUGUUAUUACAUGAUAGAUUUCUUUCCCAAAUGCGUGGUGAAGACAAAUAAUAUUGAAUUCAUUCACUUAUUAAAUCAUGAUGUUUGAUAGGCCUAAUUAUAUGAAAUAGAAUGGUUUGAUUAGUGUCUUAAUAAAGUUUGCAUUUCAAAAGAA